CUUGAUUUUAUUUAACAGCAGACGCUGGCGCGGGAAUUUUUUAACUUUAGGUUAAUUUUUCAUCAAAUAUUUAGGAAGAUGGGAGACUGGAUUCAUUGCAAUAAUUGUUUCUUACGACCAGGGACGGCUCCUGUUCAGUUUAGACUCACGACGUGUGGCCAUAUCUAUUGUGAUGCCUGUGUUGAGAAUGCAACAAAGACAAAAUGUCAGAUGUGUGGCUCCACCAAUGUUAAUGUUAUUCCACUUUCUGCAAAGAUGGGGCCAGAUGUUCAAAUCUUUUUCACCAACAUUGUUGAAUUAGUGAAGAAAAACACCCAACAGAUAAUACAGGUAUUGGAGUUUCAGAACAGUCACAGAAGAAGAUACCUGUCAUAUCUUGCUGCUCAGUUAAAUAAGCUGAAGGAGUGUAUGGAAAAGGCCCAAAAGCUAUACAAAUACAAUCAAGAACUUGAGAAAGAACUAACAAACUCCAAAGAGGAAAUUGCUUAUUUGAAAAGAGCUAUAAAAGAACAGAAUAUACAGCAACAUAGUCUCAUAGAAAUCAGCUCGAACAAAAAUUCUCCUCAAACUGCCUCCAGAAGUAGCACAACAAUCAUAGGCCCAAAUUAUGUGAAUCCCAAGUAUGGAAUGAGAACUACUCCUCCAUAUCUUGACCGGCAAAACCGAAAUACUCCUCCAUUUGGAUCCAAAAGUUUCCUUGGAAAAACACCUCCAUCAAGUCAAGAACUAAAACGGAUAUCACCAAGGGGUUCACCAGGAGUUCAAGAUUGCUUUGGUAGUUACAUGCAGGUUGGUGUCAGACAAGGAAGAGGAGCUAGUCGGAUUUCUCCAUCUGUGGAUUCUAGAGAAACUCUCAGAAAUUCUCCAUCCCAGAGUCAAAGUUCAACAGAGAUACAAAGAAGUUCUGGUCAUGCAAGAGCAGGAGUUCAAAUCAGACAUUCUCCCAUGGAGCAUUCUGAUAAUCUUGGAAUGUUACGAAAUCAGCACCAAACAACAUCUUCUCAGGAUAAAGAUAAAUUGUCCCCUGCACAAAGUUCACACAGAUCGAUGCCCCAUCCCAUCCCAUUUUGAGCAUGUUGAUGAAGAAUCAGAGAGAUGCAGCUGUGAUUGUUUUUCAUUGUAUCAUUGAAGUGAUGAUUCAAUAAAUGUUAUG